UUUCACAAAAAAUAUAUAAACAAAAGUAGAAAGUAAUUUCACUUUUAUUCAUGAAACGAAAUAAUGUCACCAUAAUUUUGACAUGCUUCUGAAAACAGUAACUUUCUUCAUUUAAUACAGUAUUUUUGCCAUCUUGCAAUAAAUCACAGUUCCAAUUCUCCCAUAAAACAUACAUAGACUUGGUAUCAUCUCAAUAAAUAAAGUAUACAUAUCCAUAUCAGGAGAAUACAUUUUUCCACUAAUAUUAGAAUGUGAUUUGCAAAUCUUAUUUAAGAACUCUUAAAAACAAUAGAGGGAUCUAAAUUCAGUUAAAUCAUAUAUGUAUUCCUAAAGUAGGAUAUAGUUAAGAUGUGCAAUAUAGAAAAUUGCACGCCAGAUAUAAAUAAAAUGUCAGUUUUUUAAAAGGAAUUUAUCUGCCUACUUAAGGGAAGAUCAAAGAUUAAGAGGGCUUAGUUGCAAACACUAGUGGAACAUAGUAAAUAUGCUUUAAUCAAAAUAGAUUUAAGAAGAAAAUAAUACUUGCAUCCACAAGGAACAAGAUUGAUAAAUGAUAAAUUAUGAAGCAGCUAGAGACUUGAAUUCCCUGGAAUGAAAUAGUCAUGGUGUAGGGGUUCAUGGGAAAGAGUAUGAGUCUGCUUACAGUUGUAUGCAUCUAAAUCUAAUUCCAGUCCACUGAAUUAGAAAAUCUUAUAGACGUGAGGCAUGCUUCUAAGUCUCAAACCCAGUUCAUUAUUUCUUUUUUAAACUCAGGUUUUAUGACGUUUUAUUUAUUGGUCCUACAAAAUUAAGAAAAAAAUUUCAAUAAAAGUUGUGAUAAGUAAGCUGUGUCUUUAAUGAUGUGUUAAGUGUUUCAUUUAUAGCAGUGAUUCUUAAAGGGUGGUCCUAGAAUCCUGGGAGUCCCCCAAGACCGUCUAAGGGGACCACAAGAUCACAAUUAUUUACCAGGCUAUGUUGAAAAAUAAUGCAAUAUUAAAACCCCAACAAGCAUUCCUUAAAAGUGAUACCAACAAAGGUGUCAGUUUUAAUUUUUAAUACAUGAAAUAUUCAUAAUUACACUCCAUAGACACAAAUCACUUUUGAGGUCCUCCAUAAUUUUGUGAGAAGGAGUCCUAAGAAAAAAAAGUUUAAGAAAAACUGAUUUUUAACUAUAUUUAGAUGUAACCCUCAAAGUUGAGUGCUAUUGUGUAAGAUAAUCAAUCUCAAAUCUUUCCAUCUAAUAUUCCUUCUUGUUAAAUUACAGUUUAUUAUAGACUGAACAGAUUGGAAUAUCAUAAAAGGUUCAGAUGGCAAGGAGCAAUGCUUUGGGUUCAUUUUUAAGAAAGUACAAAAAGUAGCAUCUGUUUAUAAAACUUUAAGUUUAGAUUCUCUAAACCUAACACAAUUAUGUUGUCCUAGUAGAUAGUGCCUAACUGCUCUAAUGAGAGUUCUUUAGGAGUUUAUUCUUGCAGAAGUUCAUUAAGAACUAUUUUCCCAUAUAUAUAUACUAGAGCUUUUGAUAAGUAAUUGGGUUAUAUUGGAUUAAAUCUAGAAUGACCAUUCCGUGAAUGGAAAAUCUCGCGUCUGUAGAAGGAACUGUAACCCAGCAGAGGCUCGUGCCAAGGUGGUAAUGGGGAGGAGUUGAUUUUGCCCUUUCGUGUGGACAGGUAGACAAUGUUACUAGCCCAGAUAAAUCGGGAUUCUCAGGGAAUGACAGAGUUCUCUGGAGGAGGGAUGGAAGCUCAGCAUGUCACUCUCUGUUUAACAGAAGCUGUAGCUGUACAAGAUGGAGACAACUUGGACAAUAUGGAAGGAGUGAGCUUACAGGCAGUUACUCUUUCUGAUGGAUCCACUGCCUAUAUACAACACAAUUCAAAAGAUGGCAAAUUAAUGGAUGGCCAGGUGAUACAGCUGGAAGAUGGCUCAGCUGCCUAUGUCCAACAUGUUCCCAUGUCUAAAAGUAAUGUAGGAGACAGUCUUCAGUUAGAAGAUGGGCAGGCAGUUCAGCUUGAAGAUGGAACAACAGCCUUUAUACAUCACGCUUCAAAAGACAGUUACGACCAGAGUGCCCUGCAAGCAGUACAACUAGAAGAUGGGACCACUGCUUACAUUCACCAUACAGUACAAGUGCCACAAUCGGACACCAUAUUAGCUAUUCAGGCAGAUGGCACAGUGGCAGGUCUUCACACGGGAGAUGCUACUAUUGACCCAGAUACCAUAACUGCUCUGGAACAAUAUGCAGCCAAGGUGUCUAUUGAUGGAAGUGACAGCAUUAGUAGCACUGGGAUGAUAGGUGACAAUGAACAAGAUAAGAAAAUGCAGAUUGUCUUGCAGAGCCAUGGCACAAGAGUAACAACUAAGUCCCAGUCAACUGGCGAUAAGGCUUUUCGCUGUGACUAUGAUGGCUGUGGAAAAUUGUAUACUACUGCUCAUCACCUUAAGGUACAUGAAAGAUCACACACAGGAGAUCGGCCAUAUCAGUGUGAUCAUCCAGGUUGUGGAAAAGCAUUCGCAACAGGUUAUGGAUUAAAAAGUCAUGUCCGAACUCAUACUGGAGAGAAGCCUUAUAGAUGUUCAGAAGAAAACUGCACAAAGUCAUUCAAGACUUCAGGAGACCUGCAGAAACAUAUAAGAACCCAUACAGGUGAAAGACCCUUCAAGUGUCCCUUUGAAGGAUGUGGUAGGUCAUUUACAACAUCUAACAUCAGAAAGGUUCAUAUCAGGACACAUACAGGGGAAAGACCAUAUUAUUGUACAGAGCCAGGAUGUGGAAGGGCAUUUGCAAGUGCAACUAACUAUAAGAAUCAUGUGAGAAUACAUACAGGGGAGAAGCCUUAUGUAUGUACAGUCCCUGGCUGUGAUAAACGUUUUACCGAAUAUUCCAGUUUAUAUAAACAUCAUGUGGUACAUACGCAUUCUAAACCUUACAACUGUAAUCACUGUGGAAAAACAUAUAAACAGAUUUCUACUCUUGCAAUGCACAAGCGAACAGCACACAAUGAUACUGAGCCAAUAGAGGAAGAACAAGAAGCUUUUUUUGAGCCACCUCCAGGUCAAGGUGAAGAUGUUCUCAAAGGAUCUCAAAUAACAUAUGUAACGGGUGUUGAAGGAGAAGAUGUAGUUUCACAAGUUGCUACUGUGACUCAAACUGGGCUGAGUCAGCAGGUGGCACUUAUUUCUCAAGAUGGAACUCAGCAUGUUAAUAUAUCUCAGGCUGACAUGCAGGCCAUUGGAAAUACUAUUACUAUGGUAACACAAGAUGGCACUACCAUCACAGUCCCUGCACAUGAUGCAGUUAUUUCUUCUGCAGGAACACAUUCUGUUGCAAUGGUCACUGCGGAAGGCACAGAAGGACAACAGGUUGCCAUUGUGGCUCAGGAUUUAGCAGCUUUUCAUAGUGCUUCACCAGAAAUUGGACAUCAGCAACAUGGACAUCAUUUAGUCAGUGCAGAAUCUAGACCUGUUACUUUGCUGGCAACAUCCAAUGGAACACAAAUUGCAGUGCAGCUUGGAGAACAGCAGUCUUUGGAAGAAGCAAUUCGAAUAGCUUCCAGAAUACAACAAGGUGAAACACCAGGAAUUGAUGAUUAACUCAUAACUUGGCUAAAAGAACAAUAGAAUUCUAUUUUAUUUUUGUUCAACAAAAGUCUAUGCCAGGUGAAAACCAUAAAAUGUUUUUCCCUCACUAAUGCUGUGCAUAUACUUUACGCAACAGUGAAGAACAUUUAAAGUGUAUAAUGUUUAUGUAUAUGAACUUUGGGAAUACUGAAUUCCAUCUCUUAAGAUUCAUUAUUCUCUACCCAGGACAAAGAAUUAGGUUUUGUAUUAAAUUCACUUGCUUAUAUUCCAAACCAGACUAAAGACAAGCAACAGUCACAGAAGAAAUGCUGGAAUUAGUUUUAAAGUCAUACAAAAUCAAUGAAGGCAUUAUUGAAGAUUUCAGCUCUUUAAAUCAUAACAGCAAUCAUCAUUCAAAAAUCUUUUGGAAGCACGAAUUUAAUUGUUUCUUAUAUGCAGUUUUGAAUUUUGAAACCUUUGUAAAUAUUCCAUUUUAAUUGUGGUUCAUACACAUGUUGAACAUUUAUCAUUUUUAGUUUCCUCUCCUGUCUCACUGAUUGUAAAUACAGACAAUUGCCAGAAUUACUAUUAUAUUGUCUUUGAAUUGGAUUAUGUAUAAAAUGAAACCUUUGGUUGUUCAAUAUUAAAGGAAUUAAAACUGGUGUUUCUACUUACUUGCC